AGAAGGCAGAAAUUUUCUGCCUGUGGCCAGGUUUCGAGAGGCCAGCUAUUAAUCUCAAGUCGUUUAAACUUAUUUCUCUUCCUCUUUUCCUUACCCCAGCCUCUGGUUCCUCGCUCGCACCACAGACUUGAGCAACACAGACAACCAUACCUUGUCGCUCACUCGAGCAAGAACCAAGUCAACUAUUCAACCUCUGAGAUCGCAUCAGUCCAGAGUACUGCCAUCCAUCAUGAUGCGUCCUCAGUUGUUCGGUCCCUUGUGGGCCGUGGUUGUCAUUUUGGCAGCGCUCGCCGUCAUGGCUUCAGCCUUCUCUACCCCCUUUGCUCUUGCCGACCUCGAGCCCGACUACGUGAUCCCAUCCUGGGAAGUCGCACCUUACCCUGGCGCCGCCCCGAUCCUCCUCAACGGUACCGUCGAACAAGUCUACGCCAAGCUCCUCGAGAUGAACCCCAACUACGACGAUGACUGGAAGAAUGAAGAUGACACUAACAUCGAUAUCGAUAUCGAUAUCGAUAUCGACAACAAUACCGCACUGGAUGUGGAACUCGAGCGCCGCGAGGUUGAGCACGACAUCCACUGCUGGCUUUAUGAGGGCGUGCAGAAGAAAUAUCUCCGCAGUGGAAUCAAGUACCUGCGCAAGGUCAGGGGCAGACCCUACCUGCCUCCCAAGAAGUGUAGCCGAGUCAGCUGCUCGUAUCUGUCGGCGAUUGAAUGGUGCAACGACAGAGAGCAUGACGACUUCUACCUCCCGUCUUUCAAUAACAUUGCCGAUGGUGCCCAGGUUAUCCUCAAUAUCUGCGGCAAGGACUCCGAACGAAUCAAGGGCUGGCUUGGCCAUGGUGACGACAAAUGGAGGGUCAAUGUCUUUUACCUGGGAGAGGUAGCUCAUCAUCCUUGGUGCUAGAUGGGCUGUUCAGCACUUUUGCCGCGUCAUUUGGAGUAGGAUGUGUCACUGGACUGCUAUCUUGGAAGCUUGUCGCUGGGUUUUGUUCUUCUGUAUCCGUAGGAGA